AACGGCUAGUUUUUUCCCCCUCAUCCUUUUUACCACAAAACACCGAUUGAACUCGGUUCUCUGUCUCCGUCCAACUCGAACGCCUCUCCAAUUCUCAAUCGCCGCCACGGAUCCUAUCAUCUUGAACAUUAGUUUUUCAUUUCAUUUUCCUAAUCCAAUAAAACGGAUCGAAUCAAAGAUUAAUCAUGAGCCAAGUUAUGACGCUGCGAGUUGAGCAGGCUGCCUUUACUACUACAAACUCCAUUUCCACCCCUGCAGUGUCCAUGGCUCCGCCUCCUCCUCCUCCGCCAACUCAUCGCCGUCCCCGAGUCAGAGAGGUCAGUUCCAGGUUCAUGUCUCCCGUCGCAUCUUCAUCUUCGUCUUCGUCUUCAUCCUCGCGGAAUCACAAAUUGCACCAGCAGCAGAACCAUGGACGGCACCAAGAUAGUAGUCAUGUGGAAGGCACGUUUUCCGCCUUCGAGAAUCAUCGUCACAUCGAAACCACUCGGAGCUUGGAGUCGCCGUUUUUAUUCCAACGGCCUAGUAGACAUCAACAACGACAGCCGCAUCAACGGAGAUCUGGUAACUCCCUGAGACCAGAUACUCCGACUGUGAUGACGUCAUCGUUAUCAUCAUCGACUAGGCCUAGACUCAUCCAACGGACCACGGCUGCUACAAAGCUUUUACAGUCCUUAUCAUCUCAAGACGACACGUCAUCAAACGCUUCUGAUGAUAAUUCUUCACAAUUAUCAGAGUCCGAUGUGUUGCCAACGGUUUCCAAUCGAUUGCCGGGCGAGAGAAACAUCAACAGAGUUAAUUCUUCCCUCAGUCUUCGUCUCUCUAUUGCUUCUGUGAAAGGCAGUGAGAAGGCAACACCAGCCGUUUCGAGGUCUUUUACUAACUCUGGGAAAGUUGAGGGCUUUUCUUUGCCUCCAGUUGCGCCGCCACAAACAAAGGCCGGGACAGAUGUUAGGAAAGGGAAGAAAGUUUCAAGCCUUCAAGAAGAUGUACAGUCUCUAAAAUUGCUACACAAUCAUUAUCUGCAGUGGAGGUUUGCUAAUGCUAAGGCUGCGGCCUCUAUGCAAGCUCAGAGAGGAGAAACCGAGAGCACACUUUACUUUUGUGGGUUUAAAAUAGCGGAAAUGUAUGAUUCAGUGAAAAGAAAACGCAUUGAACUUGGGAUUCUGCGGAGAACAAAGUUGUUAUCAACAGUUCUUGAAGCUCAGAUGCCAUAUCUGGAAGAAUGGGGUGCUUUGGAAGGUGAUUAUUCAAAAUCUUUGUCAGAAGCAAUUCAAGCUUUGGUGAAUGCCUCACUUCAACUUCCAAUCGGUGGGAAUGUUAGGGCUGAUGUUAGAGAGGUGGGGGAGGCACUGAAUUCUUCUGUGAAGUUGAUGGAAACUAUAAUUCUCAAUGUUCAAAGCUACAUGCCAAAGGCAGAAGAAGUGGAAUUCUUGAUGUCAGAACUAGCAAAGGUGACUGGUGGGGAAAGAGCUCUCAUUGAAGAAUGUGGAGGUCUAUUAUCGAAGACACACGAAUAUCAGGUGGAAGAGUGUAGCUUAAGGGGUCAAUUUAUGCAACUGCAUAAGAGGCUUCCUGCUAAAUUACAGGAAGAAGAAAUCAAAAAUUCUUCAUCACUACGUGCUGUUCAUAUGAGAUAAAAGACUGGAGGCUUUUUAUUUUUUUGAAAUUUCUUCUUCUCUUGGGGUGGAGAGUAAUCAAUUCUUUCUACAAAUUAAAAUUUUAGGCUAUGGAGUGAAUGAUCAGGCUAGAUUGAAUGAUUUGUUGGCCAAAGGACCUAUUCCCACCCAAGUUUUAGUCUAUUUUCAAAUAGCCACCCACAGAGUA